CAAACUCCUUCCUCUUUUCAGUUUCUUUGCCCCACAAAUAUGCUUCUUCUUCUCCAUUGCUCCAUCUCCCACAUUUCUCUCUGCUCCCAUUUUCCCUCUUCACAAACCUUCCACCGCCAUGGCUCCCCAUCUUCAAGUCCACAUCGCCGCCCACCAAACUUUCUUCCUCAGCGAGAAGGUUAUUUCCACUUACUCGGCAAGAUUUCGCCGGAUAAUCAAGCAGCGCCGACGGACAAGAAGACGGACGAAUGCUACUUCUAGUUCGGGCACCGAUUGCUCCAAUUCCGCUAUUGAAAUCGACGAUUUCCCUGGAGGAGCGAACGGAUUCGAGCUCGUCUCCAGAUUCUGCUACAACCACGCCCAAAUCGACAUCACCGUCUCCAACGUCGCACUCCUCCAUUGCUGCGCCGUGUUUCUCGGAAUGACGGAGGACGUCGCCGCCGGCAACCUCAUCCGCCAGACCGAGAACUUCCUCGACGGAAUCUUCUACUGGCCCUGGAGCGAUUUGAUUUUGUGUAUCCAGAGCUGCGAGUCGUUUUUCUCUUUUGCUGAUUCGUCGGGGCUUCUGCAGAAGCUCGUUUGCGCUGUGUUGGCCAAGAUUGCGCAGAAUUCGAAUAUGAGCCUCGUCACUCCUUCUUCGUCUUCUUCCUCAUCCCCCGAUAAUGCCUCCGGUAAUUCCAGAUUCUCCACCGCUGCUAAAUCGUGGUGGUUCGACGACAUGUCGCUAUUGUCCGCUCAGAUCAUUGAAAAAGUUGUACAGGGGAUGGGGAGUUACGGGAGCAACAAUAAAAGUUUGAUUCUCACGAGAUUUCUCCUCCAUUACCUGAAAACUGCCGCCCAGAGCUCCGUCGGGUACGGGAGUGGUCGGCCGAGGAGUGAAUACGGCGGGCUAGCGGACACGGCGGUGCACGGCGUUGUGAACGUGAUGGUCGGGAAGAGUAUGUUUUCUUGCCGGGGGCUGUUCUGGGUGUUGAGAGUGGUGUCUGGUUUUGGUCUGAGCAGAGAUUGCCGGAGUGGGCUGGAGAAGAUGAUCGGCGGGAUGCUGGAUCAGGCAAAACUGGACGAUUUGCUGAUAUCCGGCCACCACAGAUGCACUUACGAUGUGAAUCUGGUGAUCAGAUUGGUGAGAGUAUUUGUGAAUAGCGACGGAGUUUACUCUGUUCACAAGCUGAAGAAGGUGGGGAAACUGGUGGACAAGUAUUUGGGGGAGAUUUCUCCUGACCAAAACCUCAAAAUCUCCAAAUUCUUGGGCGUUGCAGAGAGCUUGCCGGACUGCGCCAGAGAUUGCUUCGAUGGAGUAUACAGAGCAAUUGACAUCUAUCUAGAGCUGAAAGAUUGCAUUUUGCAGUCUCAUCUGAAUCUUUCAAUGGAAGAGAGGUCGACGCUAUGCAGAUGUCUGAACCACGAGAAGCUAAGCUUGGAGACGUGCAGGGCUCUGGCAAAGAACCCGAGAGUGCCACCGAGGAUAGCGGUGGAGGCUCUCAAAUGUCAGGCGAGGGGAGGCGGGUGUUCAAGUGAGGAGGAGGAUGAUAGGAGCAGUGGGUAUUACAGCGAGUGCCAGAGGGUAUUGUCAAGCAGUAGCAUUGAGUCGGAAGGGUGCAGCAGUGGUACAGGCCGGGAAGACAUGAAACUGAAUUUGCAGAAGAUGCAAUGGAGAGUGGUGGAGUUGGAGAAAGUUUGCAGGGAAAUGAGAAGCAAUAUGUCCAGUUUGGUUAGGCAAAGUGUGAUCACUUCACCACCUGUUUACCACAGAGCUUUGCCAAGAUUAUGUUGAAUCUCUCUGUGUGUAUGAAUAUGUAUUGUAUAUUGUACAUCAAUCCCCCACAAGAUUGUAAUUUCAACUCCUCAGUUGAAGCCAUACAUUUUUUAAGUCAAUCUCGUGUGGGCGUAGACUUAUAAUGGACAAUUUAGUAUUAGUAUUAAUGUGUGAAUAGGAAGAGAAAUCAUUAUCUUAA